UUUCCUGCUGAAUGACUGCUCUGCUCACAAGCCACAAAACUCUCACAAGCAAUGCCGCCAUAUGCUAUGCUGGUUGUAUAAGUCGUAUGUCUCACUGCUCACUGGAAUUACUUCUAUUUGACAACUUCCUUUUUUACCGACAAAUGGGAAAAGGAGGGCAAACGCAAAAGUCAAAUAUAAAGGGUCGUGACAGCUGUCAAAUAGCCGAAUUUCAUAACGUUAAAAAAUAAGGAGUAAAGAAAUUAUUAUGUUAAAUAGUGUAAUAAAUUUUCAAUGGAGCAUUUAAUUGGAGGUAGAUUUGGGUUUAAACUGGAUUUUUUCAGUCGAGUUAUAAUAAGCUCAUAUUCCAAAAAUCCUUACAAGUAUGGUCAUAGGAAGCAUUUCCAGAGGGGUUUUUGUAGUAUAUGGGUUGGAAGAGGGUUUGACAGGUCCAGACCUCUCCUCAAACAGCAAUAUUUCCACCAAAAAAGAGACUAUGGCAUGCUGGUAGUUCGAGCUUUGAGAAGUGUUCUCAAAAUAAGAUAUUUAUUAAUCGGAGGUGCUGUAGCUGGUGGGGGUGCUUUACAAAAGAGGUACAAUGAUUGGAAAGAUGGCCUUCCAGACUUAAAAUGGUUAGAAGAUGUAUUGCCUGAUAAUGAAAGGUUUCAACAGUGGAGAGGAAAUUUGGUACAAUUCAAAGAUAAUCUGAAAAAUAACAUUGAAAUUGAUCCUAGGCUGAAAACCUUGAGUGAAUCAAAAUAUCAGGAAUUCAAACAGUGGUUUGAUAAACGAUUAGAUGAUGCUAUAGCUGCAGCAGAAGCACAAGAAGAUUCAACAGCAGCAAUUGAGGGUGCUUUUGCGACCAUUAGCGAGCUUAUAGAAAGACUGUACUCAGAGGCAAAAAAUGAUAUAAAACAAAAAUCGAUCGUAUACGCUAGACCUUUUGCUAGAACAGAAUCGGAUGAUGAUAAAGCUAGGAGGGAGGCACAAGAGAGGUUAAACACAAUCCAAGAUGAAAUGAUGCAAACUCAAAUAAAAUAUCAGAGAGAGUUGGAAAGGUUGGAAAAGGAAAAUAAGGAACUGAGGAAGCAGAAUUUGCUGCUUAAGCAGGGCAGAAAGCCAAAUACUAGAAAGAUAAAGAAAAAUCUUAUUGAUAUGUACAGUGAGGUGUUAGAUGAACUGGCUGAUUUUGAUAGUGGUUAUAAUACUCAAGACCAGUUACCUAGGGUUGUGGUUGUCGGGGAUCAAAGUAGUGGAAAAACAUCAGUUCUGGAAAUGAUUGCCCAAGCUAGAAUUUUUCCUAGGGGUGCUGGAGAAAUGAUGACGAGAGCCCCAGUGAAGGUGACUCUUUCAGAAGGUCCCUAUCAUGUGGCAAAAUUCAGGGAUUCUACUAGAGAGUUUGACCUUACAAAAGAAUCUGAUCUUGCGGAUUUGAGAAAGGAGGUAGAAUUAAGGAUGAGAAAUAGUGUAAAAGGUGGAAAAACUGUAUCGAAUGAGGUCAUAUCCAUGACUGUUAAAGGCCCUGGCUUGCAAAGGAUGGUAUUAGUGGAUUUACCUGGGAUAAUUUCGACACAGACAACAGAUAUGGCAGCUGACACAAGAGAAAGUAUAAAACAGAUGAUACAAUCUUAUAUGAAUAACCCAAAUGCCAUCAUUUUAUGUAUUCAGGAUGGAUCAGUAGAUGCAGAACGAAGUAAUAUAACGGACCUAGUAGCUAGUUGUGAUCCCCAUGGGAAGCGAACAAUUUUUGUAUUAACUAAAGUUGAUAUGGCGGAAGAGAAUCUAGCAGAUCCUAAUAGAAUAAGAAAAAUAUUAUCAGGAAAACUAUUUCCAAUGAAGGCUCUCGGUUACUUUGCAGUUGUUACUGGGCGAGGCCGAAAAGAUGAUUCUAUACAAACAAUAAAAGAAUAUGAAGAAGAAUUUUUUAGGAGGUCUAAGUUGUUCAAAGAUGGUGUGGUCAAAUCUACUCAGGUAACCACUAAAAAUCUAUCAUUGGCCGUCGCUGACUGUUUCUGGAAAAUGGUAAAAGAAACCGUAGAACAGCAAGCAGAUGCCUUUAAAGCUAGACGUUUCAAUCUUGAAACAGAAUGGAAAAACAACUUCCCCAGAUUAAGAGAACAAGAUAGGGAUGAGUUAUUUGAAAGAGCACGGGCAGAAAUUCUGGAUGAGGUGGUGAAUUUAUCUCAAGUCAGUCCGAAACAGUGGGAGGAAAAAUUGCUAGAAAAACUGUGGGAGAAAGUAUCUAUUCAUGUUUUCGAAAAUGUGUACAUUCCUGCAGCUCAGACAGGAUCGGCAGAAACUUUCAACACAUCUGUAGACAUAAAACUGCGUCAAUGGGCAGAAUCUGCGUUACCAGCUCAAUCAGUUGAGUCAGGAUGGGAGACAUUGAAAUCUGAGUUCAAAAACUUUCUCAAGAAAGCCUCAGAAGCACCAGAUCAUGACCAUAUUUUUGACCAACUCAAAGGAGCUGUUGUCAACGAGGCAAUCCAUAGGCAUACUUGGGAGGACAAAGCCUCUGAUAUGCUACGGGUAAUACAGCUGAAUACUCUGGAGGACCGAACCAUAGGCGACAAGAGGGACUGGGAUCAAGCUGUAAAAUUCCUAGAGUCUAGUGUAAAAGCUAAACUAAAAGAAAGUGAGAGGGCACUUAAAGACCUGAUAGGCCCGUCAGCUAAAGAACGGUGGUUAUACUGGCAAAACCAGACUGAAGACCAGAGCAAAAGCCGUAACAUUAAGAGCGAACUUGACAAAAUCCUAUAUUCUAACGAUAAACAUCCUCCUAUAUUGAGCUACGAUGAACUUACUACGAUCAAGCAGAAUCUACAGCGCAACAACGUCGAGGUGGACGCUGACUUCAUCAGGAACGUGUGGAACGCUACGUAUCGACACCACUUUCUGCAGAAAGCACUGGGGAAGGCAUACGAUUGUAGGAAGGCCUUCUAUCUGUACCAUCAGCAGGCCGAUGUGGAUUGCGCGGACGUCGUACUGUUUCAUAGGAUAUCGCAGAUGAUGAAAGUAACGGCGAACGCGCUCAGGCAACAGAUUACUAACAGAGAAGCACGAAGGUUAGACAAGGAGAUCAAGGAUGUACUAGAGGACUACAGUCAGGAUAACGAAAAGAAAGUACAGUUGCUGACUGGAAGGAGAGUUACCCUAGCUGAAGAACUGAAACGAGUACGCCAGAUUCAAGAAAAAUUAGAGGAAUUCAUUCAGGCUUUAAACAAGGAGAAAUAAGUUCUAGUCUAUAUCUUUUUAGGUCAAAAUGAACUUUGAACUAUUGUGAACAGACCAUUUUUGCAUUUGCUCUAACGUGUGAGUACUAUCCCGGUACUAUAUACAUGAAUUUUACUAUACCAUUAUUUUUGUUGGAUUUUUGUUAAGUUUGUUAUUUAAAAGGGUAGGAUUUGCAUGACAGAGCAAAACUCUUAUUGUAAGGGAAUAUUGUUUUAAAAUACCAAUGUAUAUUUUUACUUGAUGUAUUUUAACUAUCUCUUUACAAUUAUAUCAAUGUUAUUAAAUAAAAAGUGCUCUUGACAUUUGAAUUAUUGUGAUGAUUAAUUUAUGCUAAACAAUGUAAAUAUUGUCAAUACUCCAAGCACAUUUCUUACAAAAAUAAAAGAAUGUUCCAGGAA